AUGGUAAGUAAACCGGUAGCACCUAAGAGAACUAUUGCCUGCUCUGCCCUUCAAGAAUCAUCCACUUCAUCUACUUCUACUGUUGCCGCUGAAACAAAAGAGGUAAAAGCAGCUCCAGCAAAACCUAAAGCUCCGGCGAAAGCUCCUGUCAAGCCGCUACCACAAAUGAUGGAAGAGGAUAUCAUCCCAUCACUGAAAGAAAUACUCGGAACUCCUCAAAAUGAGCUCUCGGAUCUUGAACUCUUUUUUGAAGACGAUAAGCUUGAAGGUUCGUUUCUGAAGGAAGGCAGUUCGUAUACAUUUUGGGCAUUCUUUCCCAAUGGAGUCCUAACAGGUCCAAAAGGAUUUUCUCUAUCCGUCUGCGGCUUAGGAGCAAGCACCGUUGAACCUUUUCUCGUUGACGAGAAGAAGAUCACGGCAAGACACAUUAUCUUUUGGGUUGAAAAGCGUUUGGCAGCUCAAGGAAUCAUUCCUGUGUGGAAAGACUAAACUAAAGCUAAUGCCAUACAAGUUUUCCAAACUCAGUCCCAAUGUUGUAAAUCUACGGACGUUCAUUUUUGUCUGUUGAUUGAGGAAAACUUCUCCCGAGUCUGCUGCUCCAUUACUAAACAGCAAC